AUGGCUGAUGACACCCCUGUUUCUGCGCCCAUUGUGGGUGACCAGUCUCAGCGCGCCGAGAAACCCACUGACUCCGAGAAGCCAGCGGUGACCGUGUCGGAAGACAAGCCUACCGAAAAUGAAGCUGCGACCGAGAAGAAGACCGAGGCCGAAGCCGAGGCUGACAAUACCACUUCCUCUGGCGAGACUUCUGAGACAAAGGCUGAUGGCGAAGCUGCUGACGCUGCUCCUGUCGAUGCAGACGCUGCUGCACCCGCGGAGGCCAACGGAACCCCUACCUCAGCAAAGAAAGCCUCUAAGAACCGUCGCGCCUCCACUGGGGCCUCGCAGAAGCUCAGCCGCAAGAAGUCCCAAAGCCGCAUCACUCAUCUAGACGCUAAGCCUGGCCAAACCUACCUCGCGCGCCUCCGCAGCUAUGCGCCGUGGCCCGCCAUCAUCUGCGACGAGGGAAUUAUGCCAGCCAGCUUGCUUGAAACUCGUCCUGUCACCGCCAUGCAAAAAGAUGGAUCCUACAAAGGCGAGUAUGGGGAUGGGGGCAGACGCACCCAUGAGCGUACCUUCCCCGUCAUGUUCUUCGAGACCAAUGAAUUCGCUUGGGUUCCCAACACCAACUUGACCCCUCUUGACCCUGCCGAAUGCAAGGAGAUCUCAGAGAAAAACAAAAGCAAAUUGCUCAUCAAUGCCUACAAGGUCGCAUCCGAGGGCCAUGACCUUCAGUAUUUCAAGAAGCUCCUGAAAGAACACCAAGCGGCCAUUGACCAGGAAGAGGCCGAGUUCGAGGCCCAAGAAGCAGAGAAGGCAGCCGCCAAAGCCGCCAAGGAGGCCAAAAAGGGUAAACGCAAGAGCAAAGGAGCCGAGACCGAUGUUGAAAUGGAGGAUGCAGACGACUCAAAGAAGACCAAGGCCCCCUCAAAGAAGCGCAAGAAGGAGGCUGAGACCGAUGCUGAAGCUGAUAAGCCGGCCAAGACCCCGAAGACCAACACUAAGCUGAAGUUGACCACCCCCAAGGCCCCCGCCGACGAGGCUGGAAAGAAGACCCCAUCUAGUAAGACCAAGAAGGCCCCUGCUAAGAAAGGCAAGGCUGCCCCUGCUGCCAGUGAUGAGGGGGACAGCAUCGAUGUCAAGGAACCAGAGAAGCCCAUCGACCCGGAGGAGCUCAGGAAGAAGAAGGAGAAAGAGAGUACGCAAACCCCCCUUAUCCCCCGUAAGGCCCAUUCGGAUCGCUCAUAUCUCACAGUCUUGUUCCUGCGUCACAAGCUCCAAAAGGGGUUUAUCUCCCGUGACCAGCCCCCGAAGGAGGAUGAAAUGGCUAGCAUGGCCACCUACUUUGACAAACUGGAGAAGCAUUCCGACUUGGAAGUCUCCAUCAUCCGUUCCACAAAGAUCAACAAGGUCCUCAAAAUGAUUGUCAAGCUCAACUCAAUUCCCCGGGAUGAGGAAUUCAACUUCCGUCACCGCGCUAUGAGCAUCUUGUCUAACUGGAAGAACAUCUUGGACGCUGAUACUCCCGGUCCGGCGGACAAAGAUGAUAAGCCCGCCACUAAUGGCUCCAGGGAUGAAGAUGGUGUUGACACCCCCAAGCUGGAGACCGAAGAGGAGAAGGAGCCCGAGUCCAAGUCGACCAAGGAUGAUAUGGAUUCCCCCAUGCCUGAUGCGGACGACAAGGCCCCUCAGCCCGAAAAUGAGGAUGGCGCAAAUGGCGAGAAGCUCUCAGAGACCGAGGAAAAGCCUGAAAAGCCCAUUGAAGAAUCCAAGGAGAAGUCGGUAGAGGCCGCCGCCUAA